AUGGAACCAGGAAAUGAUUCACAAAUUUCAGAAUUGUUUCUUCUGGGACUAUCAAAGGAAUCAGAGCUGCAGCUCCUCAUUUUUGGGCUUUUCCUCUCCAUGUACCUGAUCACUGUGUUUGGGAACCUGCUCAUCCUCCUGGCCGUCAGCUCUGACUCCCACCUCCACACCCCCAUGUACUUCUUCCUUGCCAACCUGUCCUUUGUAGACAUCUGCUUCACCUCCACCACCGUCCCGAAGAUGCUCUGGAACAUCCAGACCCAGAGCAAAGUCAUAACUUAUGCAGGCUGCAUCACACAGAUGUAUUUUUUCCUACUCUUUGCUGGAUUGGACAACUUUCUACUGUCUGUGAUGGCCUAUGACCGGUUCAUGGCCAUCUGUCAACCCUUGCACUACACGCUGAUCAUGAAACCCACCUACAGUGGGCUGCUUGUUCUGGUGUCCUGGAUGAUGAGCACCCUGAACUCCUUAUUACAAACCUUAAUGAUGUUGUGCCUGUCCUUCUAUCCAGACAUGGUUAACCCGAAGCUGGAGGAGACGUGGUUUUUGCAUUUGGAUUCUUCAGCCUGGCUUGAAUGCUUCACUCCUUCCUGUUCUGGGAAUACAGCUUCACUCUCGAUCAUCAACCAACAGGAAGGAAUUCAGACUUCCACCUGGAGACGUUCCUCUCACAGACCCCAUCCAGAUGAGGCUCAGAGCUCAGCAGGUAUUUCAGGAAAGGUUCAGAGAGAUUGGUAG